AUGUCUGAAUUCGACUUAACAAAGAAGAUAAGUAGUUUUCUAGAUAAACACUUAACUUUACCACUGCUGGAAUACAUAAGUGUCAAAAAUAUAUAUGAUGAAAAGAGCAUUCUGAAGACCAAAUGGGAAGUUCUCUUGGGGACUUCUAUGGUUGAUUAUGCCGCAGAUACUUAUAGAAGUAUAUACGAAACAGAGCCUCCAAAAGGAUUACUUGACAAGAGAGAAAAAGUCUUAGAGAGUAUUCAAGAAACGGAGGUUAAGUUAAAACCAGUGAAGGUAAUAUUUAGUCAAGAAACAAUGAAAGAAGUUGCCCAAUGUAAAAACGCCAAAGAUCUGUUGACUAGUUUGGAAACUAAAUACAACUUCAAGACAGAGAUGCUUAACGAUAUGUUUGAUGCUGCACGCGUAUUUUAUGAUGCCGGAAAUUACAACUUAUCAUCUGAAUAUUUAAAAAUAGUCCGCCAGCUUGUAACCCCUGGGACACAAAGACAUUUGGAUGCCAGUUGGGGCCGCCUAGCCAGUGAGAUUUUAGUCCAAAACUGGGAUGAAGCAUUGGAAGAUUUAGAAAAGUUGAAGGAUGCUAUAGAUUGUCAAAAUGAAGAUAGACCUGCAUCUCGUACAUAUUUAAUACAAUUACAACAGCGUACAUGGAUGUUACACUGGUCACUUUUUGUUUUUUUCAAUCAUCCCCAGGGCAAAGAAAAAUUAAUUGAAUGGUUUAUGCAAAAUACAACACAUUUGAACGCUAUUCAGACGUUGGCGCCACAUUUAUUGCGUUACCUUACUGUGUGCGUAAUCACUAGUACUGAUAAAAAGAAAAAGAAUCUUAUACGAGAUUUAAAAUAUCUUAUUCAACAGGAAAGUUAUUCUUAUCGUGAUCCAGUUACUGAAUUCUUUGAGUGUUUAUUUGUGAAAUUCGAUUUCGAUGGAGCUCAACAAAAACUUCGAGUUUGUGAAACUGUUUUACCAAAUGAUUUCUUCUUAACUGGAUGUUAUGAUGAAUUUAUGGAGAAUGCUCGUUUACUUAUGUUUGAAUCAUUUUGUCGAAUACAUCAUAGUGUUGGAAUAAGUGUACUUGCUGAAAAGUUGAAUAUGGAUGUGGAUGAUGCGGAAAAAUGGAUUGUAAAUUUAAUACGCAACGCUCGUAUGGAUGCGAAGAUAGAUUCACAAAAGGGUGUUAUUGUAAUGGGAACACAGAAUGUUUCACCGUAUCAACAAGUUAUUGAACGAACUAAGAGUAGUGGAACAUGUGCUCAUAAACUAUUGGAAAGAUUGCGUUGGGAGAAAUCAAUCGAUACAGAACUGUGGACCUCUUCAAAUCUGCACGUCUAUUGA